AUGCUUGAUUACACGAACAAUGCCCCUGCACAACCCGCUCGAUCAUAUUUCAGUGGGAGCAAUCUCAACGGCGGCGGUGCACAUGUCGGCCUCGGGCACGCUGUAGGCUAUCACGGGGGUUCUCAGAUGAGUCUUCAGUUUAAACCCAGUCCCUUCUACGAGAUAAGAAGACCAGUAGGCCCGAUCCGCACCUGCGAAGUGCUAGCGAUGAGCCAGCACAGGAACCUGGUGACUAUCAAGAUCAGGGCCAGUGAACACGCUGCACUCCAGCAGUGUAUCACGGACAAGUCUUUCCGUGUCAUGGUUUUCUGCGCUGGCGAUAAAAAUGGCAUUCAAGACAUUGCGUUUCCACAUCAGUCAGAGGUCAAAGUAAAUGGUGGCGAGAUCAAGGCAAACCUCCGGGGGCUGAAGAACAAGCCUGGCUCGACACGCCCCGUCGACAUUACAGACGCCUUGCGACUGAAACCUAGCAACUAUGAGAACAACGUUGAACUGAUCUACGCGCUCACGACAAAGCCGUUCUACGUAGCCGUUUACCUAUGUAAGACAACGUCGGUGCAAGACCUCGCGGCCAGGAUCGAACAUGGCAAAAAGAUACCCAAAGCCUCUGUCAUCUCAGAGAUCCGCAAAGAAGCAGCCGACACGGAUAUUGUUACGACGUCGCAAGUCCUGUCAUUGAAAUGUCCACUGAGCUACAUGCGGUUGGCUAUCCCUUGCCGUUCCUACGUUUGCAAGCACAUUCAGUGCUUUGAUGCCACUUCCUAUCUUCAAUUGCAAGAACAGGGUCCUCAAUGGCUGUGUCCCAUCUGCAACAAAAGCGCGACUUAUGAGAGUCUUGCUAUUGACGAAUAUGUCAAAGACAUUUUGGCCAACACGUCGAAAGAUCUGGAGCAAGUGACAAUAGAGCCCGAUGCGCAGUGGCAUGCUCAAUCUUCCGUCGAUGACCAUAACCCGUAUAGAGGUAAUCAAUCGGCAGCUCUCGACGACGAUGACGACCUGGAAAUCUCCGAGAUCAGCAUUGUAGGAGGUCGUAAAUACGAAACGCCCUCCCGUUCGCUACAGGGGACCGCAACCCCGACAACACGGGAUAGUUCGUCGAUGCCCCGCGGCCUGUGGUCUGUUAGUGGCAAGAGGCCGGCCCCGCAGGAGAUUGUAGACUUGACUCUGGAUUCCGAUGAUGAUGAUGCGCCUCCUCCUCGAAAGAAGCAACAUUUGUCUGUCCCGGAACUUGGAGACUAUUGA